GAGAUGGGCGUGACAAGGGAGCGUCUAUGCAAGACACUGAAGACAGAAAACAUUCUUCUCCUGAAUUAAGAUCCGCGCUGUUUACCGUGUAACCGAUGAGACCGGACUGUGGCAAUGCAAACCACAAGACGUGAUGAGCGUGCCAGCCAGUUUAGCACAACGUGUGAUGAAUUAACAACACGACGCCCUAUUUUAAGGCCACACGGGGAUUGACAAGCGAAGGAUAUUUAAGGCAGGGGUCUAUAACAUCAUCAGUUUUGAACUGUUCUGUUGGAGAUGGUUUUAGAGGGAAGCUCUGAAGCUCUUUGCCCUCCCCCAUCCCUUGAGCUACGGCCAUCUUGCAACAAAAACCAGCCAUCACCUCCUUUGGGUUCAGGAUCCCAGUCCCAUGAUGCUCUCUGUCCUGAGGACAAGGAGCCCGUCAAGUAUGGAGAGCUGAUUGUAUUGGGGCAUAAUGGUUCGCUAGCUAGUGGGGACAAGGGCCGCAGGAGGAGUCGGCUGGCCCUUUACAAACGACCCAAAGCCAAUGGCGUCAAACCUGAUGUUAUCCACAAUGUGUCAACACCUCUGGUAUCAAAGGCCCUCAGCAACAAAAGCCAGCACAGCAUCUCGUACACACUGUCCCGAAGUCAUUCUGUUAUUGUGGAAUAUACACAUGAUCCCAACACAGACAUGUUUCAGAUUGGCCGUUCUACAGAGAGCAUGAUAGACUUUGUGGUGACAGACACAUCUAGCAGUGGCGGUGGAGGGCAGGGUGGCGUAAAUGGAGAGGGAGGACAGUCGGCCCAAAGCACGAUCUCCCGCUACGCUUGCCGCAUCAUGUGCGAACGUACAGCUCCGUACACUGCGCGGAUAUAUGCCGCAGGCUUUGAUUCUUCCAAAAACAUCUUUCUUGGGGAGCGUGCUGCUAAAUGGAGGACCUCUGAUGGUUUGAUGGAUGGACUAACAACCAAUGGGGUUCUGGUAAUGCAUCCAGCGGGAGAAUUUGUAUCCGAACCCGCUCCAGGGGUAUGGAGGGAGAUCUCAGUAUGUGGGAAUGUUUUUGCUCUUCGAGAGACUAGGUCUGCCCAGCAGAGAGGAAAGCUGGUAGAGAACGAAUCAAACAUGCUUCAAGAUGGGUCACUUAUCGACCUUUGUGGGGCAACUCUACUUUGGCGGACCCCGAGCGGUCUUCGUCACACUCCAAAUCUAAAACAGCUUGAGUCUCUUCGCCAAGAACUAAAUGCCGCCCGUCCCCAGUGCCCUGUGGGCUUCAACACGCUUGCCUUCCCAAGCUUGGCCCAACGCGCCACUAUAGACAAGAAACAGCCAUGGGUCUAUAUGAACUGCGGCCACGUGCAUGGCUACCACAAUUGGGGUUUUCGAAAAGACAAAGCAGGAUCUUCUGCCUUGGCGCUAAGUGGGGGUGGUGGAACGGCUCCAGCUACUUCUGGAGAACGAGAGUGUCCCAUGUGCAGAGGAGUGGGCCCCUACGUACCCCUCUGGCUUGGGUGCGAAGGGGGUCUAUACCUGGAUGCAGGCCCCCCAACACAUGCGUUCUGCCCUUGUGGUCAUGUGUGCUCAGAAAAGACAGUGCAAGGUUGGAGUCAAAUUCCACUGCCACACGGAACGCAUGCUUUCCAUGCAGCUUGUCCUUUCUGUGGAACGUGGCUGACAGGAGAACAAGGCCACAUCAAACUCAUCUUCCAAGGGCCGGUCGACUGAUGGGAAUAGGUGAAAGAUGGAGAAUGAACAUAAAGAGAAUGAACAUAAAGUCAGAGCUUGUGACCAAGGUGGGGGAAAAGGAAACAUAGUUUGUAAUGUGAUGCAGCGUAUGUAAAUAUAAAAAAAUGAAAUAAAAGCUGAAAACAUGAA